CCGUUUCUUCGUCUGUCUGUCUGUUAGUUAGUCAGUCAGUCAGUUAGUCCGUCAGAUGCAUAUUAGCCACUAGCAAUUUCUCUUUCGAUGCCUUCUCCCGUCGCCUCGGAAGACUACACCUCGGAACGCUAAGACAAAAUGUUCUUGCAUUCAAUAUGGCUACUACCAGGCCUGCAUAUGUUUUUACCUCAUGUUUCUGUCUUGUUCAAUCGCUCCUGUUCAUGCUAUUCUUGAUCUGGAAUGUCUCUACAUCGCCUACAAUACCAUCGUCGUCGUCACCAUCCUUGUCAUCUUCAUCAUCGCCAUUAUCAUCGGCAGCAUCACCUCCGUCGCCAUCAGCAGCAGCAGGGGCAGCAGUAGUAACAACGGUACCAUCAACAUCGUUUAAUUUACCAGCGUCAUCCCCUUACCAACAUUUUCAAUUACCGGCGUUCCCACCGUCGUCGACAUCGCCGCCGUUGUCUUCUUCCUCCUUUUCUUCGUCACCAUCCUUGCUGUCGGCGUCGCCGUCAUCACGGUCACUCUCCUCUCGAGUAUUGUCUCAUACGCCACCGGCGCUGGCCACCAUGCAGCUGUUGUUAUCCGGUAAGCAGCCGAGUUUGGUGCCAGGCUUCAAUAAUAAUUCAGCCGUGUCUGCUUCGAUUCGCUCGGACAAGUUUUCGGUGGCAUCUGAAAACGGUAGCAUUACCGCUACCGCCAACAACACCAACGCCAACACCACCAACAACAACACCACCGCCAGCAACAAUAACAACAACAACAACGGCAUAAAUAACAAUGAAACGAAUCGAAUUAUUACAGACAAUGGGUCACAACGGAACUACUAUCAUCAGAACGAGCAGCGGCAGACACAACAACAACAACAACAACAACAACAAAACCAACAAGGACACAAAAAAUCAGAAAAUCAGCAACGCUGGCGGCAUCGGCAACAAGAACGAGAACAUAAAAAAGAACAAAAACGAAAACCACAAACACAACAACAACAACAACAACAACACCAACAACAACAACAACAACAACCACAACUUCUGAUUCUACUUCAAAAAGAAGAAAGACGAACACUCCGGCGAUUACAAAAACAACAACAACAGCAGCAGCAACAACAACAGCAACAUCAGAAACAGCAGCAUUAUCACCAACACCAAAAGCAGCAACAGCUGCGUCAUCAGCAACAACAACAACAUCGGCAACAAAAUCUCCUACAGCUGCACGGUUUGAAUUCGACGCAGCAAACGCAACCAAAGUAUGGAAAUCUCUACAAACAACAACAACGGGGACGGAAUAGCUCGUUGGCUUACCUUAAUCAAUUCUACCGCUGGUCCCAAGGGAUCCCUACUAAACAACGGGACCAACAGACGCACAAUGGAUAUUCGGAUUAUAACGGGUUAACAAAUUCCUCUUCUCUUUCCAAUCUAACAAGCUCCGAGCAUGUUCGUGCCGUAAACAACACUCGGACACUUUUAUCAUCUUUGUAUACUAACAUAGUUGGUAACAUUACCCACACUAACAAAACAGACGUUACUAUGCACGCAUUGACAAACGCAUCCUCACCUUCACCUUCACCGUCACCGUCACUUACACCAACACCUACACCACCACCGCUAUCGCUAUCAUCAUCAUCAUCAUCACCAUCAUCAUCAUCAUCUUCAUCAUCAUCAUUAUCCUCGCCGUCACAUCCAUCAUUGGCGUUUGAUCCAUUAUCAACUUCUCCACUAACAUCGACAGCACAAUCAACGAAAACAUUAAUUACAUCAUCACAUCCAUCACUUAUAUCAUCCACAUCAACAUCGUCAUCAUCAUCAUCGUUGCCGUCAUCCUCAUCAUCAUUGUCAUCUUCCACACCACCACCAUCACUUACAUCACGCACGAAAAAUUACUUAUCAACGUUAUUGUUAUCGUCAUCGACUUUGUCGUCUGUAUUCUCCUCAUUAAAUGUAAAAGCAAAUCCGUUGAAGGAAUUGUUUAGGGUUGAGAAAAGUGAAAAGCAUGCAAAAAACAAUUGGGACUUUGAGGACAAAAGGGGAAAUGUUGGUGGGAACGAAACGGAUAUAUCAUUAAAAGACAAAACUGAGACCGAGACACAGCAGCCUCGUGGUGCUGUGUUUACCGGUCAUAACCGUGAUACUGUAAAAUUAAACAAAACAUUGAAGCCUCACAACCAUACACACAGACGUCUAUAUGACAGCAACAAUAACAAAAACAACACUUUUAACAAAAACAACAAAUCACUUCCAGAAAUGGAUACCUACACGAACACGCGUCCUGCUAUUUCAAAGGAGACAUUUGUUUCUGGACACUUACUUUCAGUGCUAACGUCGAAAGCGGAUCAUGUCGCAGGAAAAGACAGACCAUUACGGAUUAUUACUGGCAUUACUAACCGCGACUUAUCUGUGACUGGCACACCGGAAACACACACUCCGUUAAAGAAAAGUGACAUGCAAAUGACACAAAACUCUACGAAAGGCAGAGACACGAAUGUUUUACAGGUAAAAUUACACAGUUCUAAAAAUAUUUCAAAGAAUUUUUCUGCCGACACGGACACCGUUAAUCGGGACAAAGAAAGCAAUCGCAAAGCUAUCUCUGACCGCGGUGACUACGAUAUUCAUGAAAAACUAUCGAAUGCUACUGUGGAGAAAAACAUCUCCUCACCGAUGGAUUUAGUACGGAUUAAACAGAGCGGAAGAAAACACCUGAUUGAUAUUCUACAGGUCAGUUCUAAAAGACAAUUGACAAGUAAAGCUAUGUCAAACUUAGAGGCCUCUGCUGGAUUACCCAGGCCCUUUGACAACGUUGAUUCGCUGAUCAACAAUUCAGUAUCUGUUGUUCAAAAUAAUGUUUCCUUUUCUCUUCCUUCUCCUCUCAAUUCUUCUUCUUCCUCUUCUUCUUCUUCUUCUUCUUCUUCUUCUUCUUCUUCUUCUUCUUCUUCUUCUUCUUCUUCUUCUUCUUCUUCUUCUUCUUCUUCUUCUUCUUCACAGAUGCAUCGGACAAAACACUUUGAUCCACACCCUACCUCUCCCACACACACUUUCAUUGCACGUAGAACACCGACAUCGCACUCAACGCAGGCUGCCCCGUCGUUGCCCGCGUUGUCGCCGUCGCGAUCAUCGGCAAAGUCGACACCUGCAAAUGUGCCGACAGCCACGACGACGACGCCGCCGUCGGUAGGGUCAACAGCGUCACCGUUUGUUCUACCUUCGAAAGAAAGGCGUAAAAUAACAGUUCUGCCCGAUCAGCAUCUGACAAUAAAUGUCAACGAUGUAAAUAAUGCCCCCAAAAGUCUUCCAAGUAAGAAAACGAAUUUAAAUAAAGUUAAGGAUAAAUUUUACAUUUAUUUCAGACACUAUAAUAAGAGUAUGAAAAGCUUUAAUCAUAUUAAUGAUAAUAGUAGUAGUAGUAGCAGUAGUAGUAGUAGUAGUAGUAGUAGUAGUAGUAAUAUUAGUAGUAAACAGAAAAACAGUAGCACAAAUAAAUUUGUUAACAAUAACAAUGACACUAUCUUCCUUCCAUCCAAGCAACAACAACAUCCCAACAACAUAAAGAAUAACAAUGCCGACAAUAGCAACAACAACAACAACAACAACAACAAAAAAACAACAGUAAACAUAACACUAUUAGUGGUGCCCGAACACAAGGUAAGCUCCUUGAUCGCAAACAUAUCAUGAACCCCACCAAAAUUACAGCUAAUACACUUGACGCUGUCACGGCGGCCUCAAGUUCCAUACCAGUGGCAAAUGACAAACUGACGUCCCCUGCAACACCCUCCCCUUCAUUCUCUUCUAGUUCUUCUGCUCCGUCUACUUUCCUUUCAUCAUCUGAAUUAGUGACAAACCGUGACCCGACGUCCUCGGUUACGGACCCUGACGGGAAUCUACAAGACAACCACACGCAAACACAACAACAACAACAACAACAACAAACACAACAAUCAGAGAAACAGAGACGACCGCCGUCACCAUUAACGCCACCUUCACAACAUCAAAAAACCCAGAUAAGUGGCGGGCAACUUGAAGCCCAAUCUUCAGU